GCUAGGAGUUUGUUGUCAAUCGUCGGAGACUGUACAGAAAUCUUAGUAUUCUCCUAAAUCUUAAAAAUAACUAUUAGUAUUUGGUAAAUUAGUCUUCUGUGAUUAUGAAGGCGCUUAUAAAUUGUCAGUUAAUCUUUCUUAUUAUCUUGUCUAUACCGUCUGAGGGACACACAAGAACCCUUGCUGGGAAAUUGAACACUCAGAAUGAGACUACCAUCGAAAGAAAGUUAAACGUAUUUGCAACCGAUGUGAAGGCAAAAGGUACUGAGCUCAUGACUCUGGACAAGUUGGAGGAACUAGAAAACCCCAAAGUCAAACCCGUUAUAAGGCAUAUCAAACGCGACAAAAGAGAGUUGCUUGUGACGAUGCCCUUCGACCAGCAUACCAUGCACCUGCCCUGCGACCUCGAUCAACGCGGAAGACACAAGAUCAUUUCAUUAAUGCCCAACCAUUGCAUCUGGGUGUGGAACAACAAGUUUUCCCAUGUGGGAUUCUACAGAGUAUUCAAGAUCUAUCAGUUGGAGGGUUUCUUCUUCGGGCAGUACUACGAGCGUUUGAAGCGCUACGAAAUCGACCCCCACAGUUGGGGUUAUAGCUAAUGUGACCCCAUGAAUUUCGAGGAGAAAAUAAAUUUUCCAGUCCUUUAAACAAA